AUGUCUCCCUUCAGCACUGAGAAGCUAGGGGCGCAUUGCGAAUCGCGCGAAGCAACUGCCGAAGAUGUUACAGCGUCCAAAGAAGAGAGUUGGCCCACAAAAGACUUUGGUCUUAUAACGAUCCCGAAAAGGCUCCGAUACAAUCCCAUGAAACCUUUUCACUUUGGCAUCUUGCUUAACGCAUCAUUCGGAUUUGCUAGCACAUUCACUGUCGCUAACUUGUAUUAUUGUCAACCGCUAUUGAUCGAGUUUUCAAAAUCAUUCGAUGUAACGUAUGAAGAGGUUUCACGUAUCCCCACCCUCGUUCAAGCAGGGUACUUAGUGGGAUUACUUCUGAUAUCCCCCCUCGGCGACCUUGUUCGACGCAGGCAACUGGUGUUACUGCUGGUUGCGGCAUCUACUACCCUGACGAUAGGUUUGGCCGUGACCAAUAAUUUCCAGGUCUUCGAGGCCUUGUCCUUCUUGGUUGGCGUUGUAACCGUCACUCCCCAAAUCUUGAUGCCUCUAGCUGCAGAUCUGGCUUCACCCGAACGCAGAGCAUCUGCAUUGUCUGUGGUACUCUCGGGUCUCAUGCUAGGCAUCUUGAUCGCUCGUGUCUUGGCUGGUGUCAUAGGCAAUUUCACAACCUGGCGUGUAGUUUACUAUAUGUCAAUCGGUGUCCAGUUACUCGUUCUCGUCGGUGCUUACCUCAUGCUUCCUGACUAUCCAUCCAAAAACCAUGACUUGACCUACAUUCGAAUCCUACUUUCGAUGGCCAAGUAUGCGGUAACGGAGCCACUUGUGAUACAGGUGUCCCUUAUAAAUAUGGCAUCCAGCGCAUGUUUUACCAGUUUUUGGGUCACUCUCACCUUCCUUCUCGGAGGUUCACCCUAUUACUACUCCACUCUCAUAAUUGGUCUCUUUGGCCUCGUUGGCAUGCUAGGCGUGCUUAUCGGACCUUUCGCAGGACGUCUCAUCGAUAGGCUGGUUCCUUGGUAUGCAACUUUGGUAGCCACUAGCUUGCUCCUGGUUUCCCAAGCUGUACAGACUGCGGGAGGUGGGAUCAAUGUUUCAGCUGUCAUCAUCGCAUGCUUUGGGCUCGAUGUUGGGCGUCAGUCCCAGCAAGUGUCCAUGACCAGUCGGGUCCUGAGCAUGGCUCCCGAAGCUGGUGCGCGCUUAAACGCCAUUCUCAUUCUAUCAGUGUUUGUCGGGCAGGUGAUGGGCACAUCUGUUGGCACCCAAGUAUUCGUGCAACACGGAUGGAGAGCGUGUUCAUUAUUGAUGCUGGCGUUGCAAGCUUUCCAAAUUCUAGUUUUAUUGCUUCGCGGUCCACAUUGUCCUCGAAAACGUUGGUUUGGCUAUGAAGGAGGACUCGAGGCGCGCCGACGGGUCGUUUCGGAGAGGGAGAAGUUACGGAAUAGCGAGGGAAAAAAAGUGGAACAUGAUCCAGAGUCUGGUCCAGAGCCAGGACUGGAGGCGCAGAUUGAGGCACCGAUACAAAAUGGUGAAGGCCUGCAGUCCGAUACAUCCGAGUCAUAG